AUGAGCUCCCCAUGUACCAAGAGCACUACAAUGCUCUCUUCUCCAUGGACUUUGUGGAGACCAAGUACCCACAUGAUGACACAUGAGAGCCUUGGAUCUUUGAGGAUGUGGAGUUGGUGCUCAAGAACAUGCAAUUGGGGAAGUUCUUCUCUCACCGCAUGGAGUCUUACAAGGAGCUCACUUGUGAGUUUUUGGCUCAAUGAAGCAUCACAGUUUGAUGAGCUCGAUCGAGCUGAGUUGGACCAAGGCUGGGGGUACAUAACUUUCUUGGCAAAGGGAGAGAAGAAGAUGGUGACCUUUAGGCAGCUUGAGAUACUGUUUGGGUUCACUAUGGAGAAGGUAACCAUGGAACAUCAAGGAAAAGAACUCCAAAGAGUUGGGCUACAAUCGCUGAUGGAGUGUACUCUUCCUCAAGGUCCAAGGCUGCUCAGAUCAGGAGCCCAGUGCUUGAGAUAUGUCCACAAGGCACUUGCCAACACCUUCUUUGCAAGGAAGGCCACUGGACAAUCAAUGAGGGAGAAGUGA